AAGCAGAUGCAAUCUACUCCUUAGGACUUUUAUUUCCCUUAGUUGUUCAUAAUUAUUACUCCCAAGUAGAAGUGUAGAAUAUAUAAAGUAAAAGUUGUCUGCUACCAAAAAAGCUAAUAAUCUCACAAGUUUAAUUACCUAUGUUUCUCUCAUGGCAAAGAAGAAGCAAAUCUGGUGUUGAAUUUUCCAUAUGUAAAAUGAAAUUUCUUUGUAUUUGCAAUGACUGAAUAUCUCCUACAGUGAAAACCCUUUUACAAAAAAAAAUAUCUCUUAUAAAAUUAGUGAAGAAUAGCAUCAUCCUCCUAUAACACUGAAAGAUGCUACUUUGACUAGAUAGCUUAUUGGUUGUUAUUUCAUUUUAAAAUAUUUUUGGGCCAAUAAUUUUUAAUACCAUGACACAGAAAAUACCAAGUUAUAUAAUUUUUUUUGGUAAAAUAUAUAUAAUUAUAUUGGUAUAUGGAGUAUUAGUUAAUUUUGACCAAUGCCAUUUAAGAAAAAGAGGACUAGAGAAACAAAGAUAACUUCUAAAUGGACUGAAAGUGGUAUAAAAUAUAUAUUACGUAAGCACACAUGAAGUCACCUAUUCCACAAUGAAUGUAAAUACAGAGUUAUAAAAAAUAAUUCCAUGCAUCACAGGAAGACAAAAUGAGUAAAGUCAACACAAUGAAAGAAAUAAUUAACCAUAUCUUCUUGGAUAUGAGUUGACAGUGUAGCUCUGGUUUUAAUUAAUUUUACACAAUGGAGAUUUUAUAGCAUAAGCGAUAAGGUUAUCUUCUCAAUAAAUAGCGUCCUCACUUCUCCGAAUCUAGCAAACAGAGAUAAAAGAUCACUUCUCCGUCUAAAACAAACUAAAGAAAAAUAUUUUGUUAUGGAGAACCAAGUUAUGUCUUCUGGAAGCUCUUCCGUGGUCCAACCCGAAAAAUGCAAUGACAUUAAUGUGGCUGUGGAGGAGUCCAGGGAGAAGGCAACGGAGAACAACAAUUCGGGACUAGGGUCUGAUCCUCAGGAAGUUAUGUCUGAAAGGAGGAUUGAGAACCCUAGUCGCGGAUAUAGUGCUGUCCGAACAGAAAACGGCAUCAUGCAGCAUUACACAUCAGAAACUAAUAAGAUCUUCACUUGUCGCUUUUGCAAUAAACGGUUCUCAGCCUCUCAAAGCCUAGGUGGUCACAUGAACGCGCACAAGAGGGAGCUACAAUGGGAAAGGAAGCGGAAGGAGAUGGAACAGAUGGAACAAGAGUUCCAUUUUCAGUGGAUGUUAAGUCAAUAUUCACAAGGUGAUUUAUCAAAUGAUAAUAAUCUUGGGAACAUUUCUGAACCUUUCAAACGCAUAUGUACCGGCCUUUACCCAUCUUUCAAUAGCGGACUCAUGGACAUGAAUAUGACCGUGGUUCCUCGCAUGGCUCCUACUGGCUUCUUCUCAGGGAACACUUUCACUAACGGUUUCUUUUCAGGGGGACUUGAGCCAAUGCCCUCCUACAACAACUAUCCCCCGAUGCUCCCUAGAAACGUUCCUCCUUUUCCUCCACAUAGGACUACCAAUCUUCCUAGCUAUUGGUAUCCGCAAGAGAAUGUAUUGAACGAGGAGGAUGUCAUCUUAAAGCUAGGAAAUGACAAUAUUGUGGAGAUUGAUGAUGAUGAUGAUGACGACGAUGCUGUUGAUCAGCCAGAAGAAGGGACUUCUAAGAGCUGGGGCGCUGAUCUAUCCCUUUAAGUAUUGUUUAGUUUUCAUUUUGAGGUAUCAUAUCUAUUAGAGACCUAUCUAUCAUAUGUAUCUAUGGAUGUUGUUUUUCUCUUUUUAAAUUUUAUGGUAUUCAAUUUUAUAUAUUCCUUUGGAUGUAACAUCUCUUCUUCUUUGUUGAAUUGCUUUUUUUAAAUCAAUUUAUGAUUCCUAUUUUCUGCCAUCUAUAUAUCAGGAGUCUUUUUAUCAUUUCGGCUGUUGUCAAAAUCCUUGGUUUAAAUCAAUUUAUGAUUCCCUUGAUUACAAACCUUUCGAUCAGAACUAUUUAUCCACAUACUUAAAUUUCUUAAUUAAGUUAGUCGAGUUGAUAUUUUAAUGUUGAUUUAAAGAGAGUGCGUGAAGAAAAUUGAGUUUCAUGAUACAUCAUCUAUCAUCUAUC